AUGAACGGCUAUUGGUGUUUGGAUGUAACCAUUUUUAAAAAGCCUGUGAAGAUUGGGGAUGAUGUGGUAUUUGAGAUUAACCCCCCCUCAGUGCCACAAUCAGGAUCCUGGAAUUCACAGACGCUGUUGGCCUUUUGGGUCGGCUCUACCGUGGUUUCGGGCGUUGGAUAUAAAGGGAGAAUCUCUGUGAAUACUUCCACUGGAUCACUGACGCUGAAGUCUGUAAGACUCAGUGACUCUGGAAAUUAUUUUGUUCAGGGUCAAACCACAGAUGGAGUUGAAUUCAGUGGAAAUACUACCUUGACUGUUUUUGAACCUGUCUCCCAGCCCACAGUACGCUCCAAUGUGACUGAUCCAGUGGAGUUCAAUGACACUGUCAGUUUGUCCUGUACAGCCUCUGGCUCUGCUGUCUCCUACCAAUGGCUCAAUGGCAGCUCUGUGGUUAGUGACAGUGAGCGGAUUCACCUGAGUGAUGACAAUAAAACACUGACCAUACCCAGGGUGUUGAGAUCUGAUGAUGGGACCCUGUAUUGCUAUGCGUUUAACCCUGUCAGUAACAGCACCAGCGAGGCGUUUCAUCUCAUCGUGAGCUAUGGACCAGAAUCCCUCACUCUGUCUAUCAGCCCCCAAAAGCCGAUAUAUAGUGCAGGAUCAGACCUCACUCUGUCCUGUUCUGCACAGUCCAGCCCACCUGCUCACUACCAAUGGUUCUUUAAUGGAGCCCCUCUUAACAAACUGGGCUCACAGCUGAAUAUCAAUCACAUUCAACACAAUCAGACUGGAAACUAUACCUGCUGGGCUUAUAACAAUAUAACCCUCAAAUAUGCUAAGGAAACAAGAGAGAUUAUUGUUGUGGAGCCAAUAACUAAUGUAAAUGUGAAACCCAGCCUUGCACAGCCAAUAGCAAACCAGGCUCUAAACCUGACCUGCGAGGUGCUUGGAUCACAGACUGUUUCCUCAAGGCUCUGGCUGAAGGACGGUCAGCCCUUGUCCACUAGUGACAGAAUAACAUUGUCUGUGGACAGCAGUGUAGUCUCCUUCAACCCAGUGCUGCAGUCUGAUGAUGGAGAAUAUCAGUGUAAAGCUAGUAACCCUGUAAGUGAAGUGACGAGCGCUGGAUACAGAUUGGAGGUCAAUUAUGGACCAGAGCAGGUAUCUAUUACAGCACCAGACUCAGCAGCUGAAGGCUCAUCUGUAACAUUCACAUGUUCAGCUCAGUCUCUCCCCCCUUGUAAUUACACCUGGUAUUUCAAUGGGACAGAGACUGCCCAGAGCUCGCAAUACAAGAUAGCUUCUGUAAGCAAUGCUGAUAGGGGAAGUUACACUUGUGUAGCCUGGAACUCAGUGACUGGAAGAAACACUUCUGUGGUAAAGGAAUUUACUGUGACUGACUCUAAUGGUUCUGCUUCCUUGGCAUCUGGACAUGCAGUAGAGGUGGCGAUUGCUGUUCUGGUUCUUCUGCUUUGUGUUUCAGGGUAAAAUGCUGCAGAUUCAUGAAUCGCAAAAAAAAACCCUUCAGAGUACGACUGGAAGAGUAGCAUGUUUUAUUUACUGUGUAAUCAGGCUUGAUUGCUUGAGUAAUUGUUUACACACCCUCAUAAUUAUGGAGCUCUCCCCCCAACUUGUGGUUGUGAUCCGAGCACAGAAGACUACACCUACACAGCUCAUAUUUCUAGCUAUAUUGUGAUGCAAUACCUCAGCUCUGUAACGGCUUGUCCGAGCGAGUCUGGCUCUCUUGUACAAUGGUUAAGAUUUUGUCUGGCAGGCACAGUCCCUGUCUGGGGGUUGCCUCGUCCUCACAUUCCCUGCGUCCGCAUUAGGAAGACCGGCCCAACCAGAAUGCUUGGUUGCCUGUUGAGCUGUCACUACAAGGUCGCAGUGUGACACAACCUGAAACCAGUGUGGCACGCAAUGACAGACUAGGUCUCGUGUAGAGACGCUGGAGUUAGAAAUAUAUAAUCAACACUUUCUGUAAUGACACAUAUUUUAUAUGUUAGAUUUUUUUUCUUAAAUGAGCUUACUUUUAAACACAACCUAAAUAAGGGAGUUGACAAUGAAAACACAAUGGAAAAUACAUUUGCAAAUGCCUGCUGGCUUGAUUUCUUAAAGUUGUAACCUAA